GUGCGCCGCGCGGAGGGCCUUACAGACAGAUCCUAGACUCAGCCGGGAGAGGAGAGCUAUACUCCAUAUACAACUAUACCGAGCGUAAAGGAGAGAUGACAACCAGCGCCAUGGCGCACAACGUGGGGAGACACUCGAGUGCCAAGGAGGAGAGAAAGUUGCGCAAGCCGCUCAUUGAGAGGAAAAGACGGGAGAGGAUUAAUAACUGCUUGGAUCAGCUGAAAGAAACGGUCGUCGGGGCGUUCAGUCUUGACCAAUCGAAACUUGAAAAGGCGGACAUUCUAGAGAUGACAGUGAAACACCUGCAGAAUGUUCAGACCCAUAAAUUCAGUGCAGACCCCACCUUAGGCCUGGAAGCACAGCAGAAGUACAGCACAGGCUACAUCCAGUGCAUGCACGAGGUCCACAACAUGCUGCUCAGCUGCGAGUGGAUGGACAAAACAUUGGGCUCCCGCCUGCUCAACCACCUGCUCAAAUCCCUGCCCCGCUCAAGCAAAGAGCCCCCCUCUCAGGCCAACCACAACCUCAGGCCUGACGCCCCCCCACCCAGCCAGGGGCCAGGAGCCCCCACUACACCCAUCAGAGGGGACCCCAGGUCUGGGAGGCAGGGCCAGAUGGAGGGGCCACUGUGCCAUGUGGUGGGGCCCCAGGACAAGCCCCUGCUCCUGCCUGGGAGCCCCCACCUGGGCAUGCUGGAGAUGUGGAGGCCCUGGUAAACUAAACUGGCCCUCUGGGUGUGUGCUGGAUCCCUAUGUUAGACCCUCCUCUGUUAUGUAUCUUAUAGAUAUGCUACUCAGAAGACAUUGUUUUGGAUUGUGGGGCGGUUGCGUUUCUGAUCUAGGUGUGAUAUAUAAAACAGACCUCUCAGUACUUCCUCUCCGAAGUCUACUUUCCGUAGCCUGCAUUGUAGAAGGCUCUUAUUAAUAUUUCUCUUGUAUUUAUUGUAUUAACAUCUUUAUUUAUUGAAUAAUAAGAUAAAACAUUUAGCUUCUUAGCUCUAGUCACAAAUAGUUUUUGUACUGCUCCCUUUGUUGUAUAUUACUAACCAAUAUUAAUAAAAGUGUAUGGAAUUUCUGUA